GCGCUUAUUCGACCUGCCACGAGCCAGUUCAGGUGUGUUCGAUAAGAGCUCCGCUACUUACGACUAAACAAAGGAUUGUAGUGCCAAUGGACCAUCGCCCACGUUGGUGCCUACAUUUGGUGAACCGAACGUGAUAACUCAUCGGAUUUACAAAUUUCAAUUGGAGAACAGAAACAUUUUACCAGGUACGUGAAAGAAUGAGUGAACCCGUGGUCGGCCACAUGGCCGUCAAGCCGCCGCCAUUUUGGACCGAAAGCCCAGCACUUUGGUUCGCCCAGUUGGAGAGCCAAUUCGUCCUCGCGAAUAUAACCCAAGAUGAAACGAAAUACAGCCAUGUAGUCGCGAGUUUAUCUGAACGUAUGGCUACCGAAGUUCAAGACAUUUUGGCCGCUCCUCCGAAUACUGACAAAUACAAAACGAUUAAACGGGCACUGAUCGACCGCUUGUCCCAGUCCGAAGCCCAACGCCUCGAAAAGCUUAUACGUACCGAAGAGCUCGGCGACCGCACACCAUCGCAAUUUCUUCGACGCCUAAGAACUCUCGCAGGUCAUACGGUUACCGAGGACCUACUCAGAAGUAUUUGGUUGUCCCGUCUUCCCACCGAUAUACAGAAGAUACUAACCGUAUCCGAGGGCACACUCGAAUCUCUCGCUAAGAUCGCCGACCGCCUUAGCGAAAUGUACCCCUCGACACCGAAUAUCUCCGCCACGUCUACGGUCUCUGCCACGGUCGAUCCCAGAAUCGCCGCGCUCGAAGUGCAAAUCUCCGAACUCUCAAAACAAAUUUCCGAGAUGUCACGACAAUAUGGCCGUUCUCCACCUCGCCGCCGUUCCUCGAGCCGUGGAAGACUCGGUCGACGCUCCCCACCUAACACCUUCCCGAACAAUAUCUGCUGGUACCACGCCAAAUUUGGCGCGAAUGCCCGACGCUGCCGACCACCUUGUUUGAUGGGAAACGAGAACGGGAGUCAGUAGAGACGGCGACUGAUUCCAAAAAUUUAAGCCGUCGC